UCAUUUUUAAAUCUUGAACUUAGUUCAAACUUUUUAACUAUGAACUAAGCUAGUUCAUUUUAAAAUUUGUGAACUGAACUUUGAACUAGUUCAUGUAGAAAGUGAACUUUCCCAACACUAACUAUUUUGUCGGCUGAUACUCGGAGGUCUGGGGUGGCAGAAAGUUGCUGGGCAUGACUGGCAGAUCGGGGUCACAGUAACUCUGCAUGGACAGGGAAGAAAUAAAAAGGGCAAACAACAAUACGACAGGUGAGACAUGGGUAAGAGACAGAGAGAGAGCCGACACCGAAGGCAAAACAAACACCAAGCUCACCGGCUCGGCCCUCCCUUGUCCUCAUUGUCUCCUCCCUUACGUGGUCGACUGAAGGGAGGUGCUCAGCUGGGAACAGGGAGAGAGGGAGCGAGAGACUCCGGAUCAGAGGGACAGGGUGCAGUAAGAAAGACGUGAGGGUGUGACCAGAGCUGGGAUGGGGUGUUCUGUACUUUAGGUUGUCCUGCAGACCUGUUUCUGGAGGGAAAGAGAGAGGCUGGACACAGGAGGAGGAGGAGGAGGACACGGGAAUUCCAGGUCACAAGGGCUCCUGUGGCAGAGCACAGUCUCGGCUGACUCGGGCUGGGCUGGUAUUCCAACCUCUCCCUCUCACGGUCAUGAGUUUGACAGACGUAUAGUACGACUAGGCAGGGGACAAACAAGCUUAGAAAUAAUAAGUUAAAAAUCGGGCCAACUCGAAAGGCUAGUGUUUCACUUCAGGGGUCUGGCCUGACCCCUCAUGAUGGGGUCCUCAGUGGAAUUUGCCUGGUUGUUGCUGGUGGUUUCGACUAUGGGAAAGAACCAGUUGGUUUCUGGAGGUUGUUCAGGGAAAUGCUGCAGGGGCAGAGACCUGAGCUGUCUGACCACCGACUGGAGGAUGGACCGCGUCUACGGGACAUGCUACUGUGACGAGGGCUGCGUCAGGACCAAGGACUGCUGCUUCGACUACUUCACAGAGUGCCCAGCUCAGGACUGCGUUGUGGGCGACUGGAGCUUUUGGAGCGGCUGUGAAAAGUCAUGCCAGCCCUCGGUACGGGUCCGUGUGCGCCACAUAGAGCAGCAGCCCAGUAACAGUGGACAGCCCUGCCCCAGCCUGGAGCAACGAAGCGGCUGCAGGGAGUACAGAGACCACCAGGGCGACCACUGUGGACUCGACUCAGGUCCUGCAUUCAUCACCAGCAUGGAGUUUGGCAAGGGAAGGCCCAAGCAUGACAGUUAUGGAAAUCCCCUGGACUCUGGGUUCUGCGUGGAAUUCACCUUGGAGUCCCGGACGCCCCACUGCACGGUGGAGAACCGGCCACACACACACUGGAUGCGCUACAUUACAGAAGGCUUUAAAGUGUGUGUAGCAUGUGAGCCUCCUGCCAUGCGAAACAAUAGUGGCAGCUGCCAAGGAGACGGCCAGGACUCAGACAAAGAAGCUGUGCUUCACUGGCAGGCGGUGGGGAACCAUCAGUGCAGUGGGACAUGGAGGAAGAUCCAGAGAACCCGGCAGUGCAACUGUCCACCACAGCACAGCUUCGUCUUCAUCUGAUCCAGUGUCGGCUGGUGUCGGCAAUAACAUUUGAAACGGAGACACUGUGUUCAGCUCAGACGGCUUAAUGCAGCACACUUUCACAACUAAGAGACUUAAGACUGGAGUGGUGCAACACAGUUCAGUCUCUUAAAUCCGCUGCACAUUCAUAUAAAAGCAUGUUCAGAUCACUGCACAUUUCCAUUGCUCUGUGUACCCUUGCACUCUCUCUGGACAGUUGUGACUUGUACAGUAUUUCACCUUUUUUUUUUUUUUGGCACACAGUAAGUACCUAUAAAUUUUGAUUUUUCAUUUCUUUACUGAAAAAAGCUACUGUUGCAUUAAUUUUUAACAAUUUUCUGGGCAAAAUAUUUAAAUUAAAAAACUUAAAAUUAGAAAAAAA